AUGGCGUCUACUAGUUUCGAGUCAUUUUCACAGCUUAUUAACAAUUCACCAAGUUUAGUUUGGCACGAAACCUUUUUACCGUUAAAUAUUUUAACUACAUUACAUGCAAUCUAUAUAACUUUAAAUUAUAAAAAUAGUUUAAAACAUUCCAAAGUGCCUUGGUUACAAGGUUUCUUUGCUGUAAUUGUAAUGAGUGUUGGAGGAAGUACUUCUAGUGGAAUAGAUAGUAUACGUUACGAUUCUCGUAAUAAAGAUCCUGAUUUAAGCAAUAGUUUGGUAGCAAUGAUAUUAUGUGGAUCACCUUUUUGGUCAUUUACAACUCCUUCAGUACUUUUGCAACCAAGUUAUGAUAUGAAAUCUAGUUUCUUGCUUUCUUUAUUUUAUAUUUCAACAACAACUACUUCAACGCUUACUAUAGAUCAAGGACGAACUUUUUCAAUUUUAUUAGCAAUUGCAUUUAAUCUUGUUAAAUUAAAAGAACUUAAUGAAUCUUCAAGCAGACUAUUCCCUUGGAAUAAAAUAACAAAAAUGGAAAUUGGACAUGUAAGAUUAUUAAAUGGAAAAGGGGGAUUGUCAGAGUCUUCAGUUCAAAAUGAUGUUCAAAUGAAUUUAUUGCCACAUCAACCUGUUCAUUUUAAUAGGGAUGGUACUAGUGUGAUUGUUGCACAAGCGUCAUGGGACAGUACACUUCAUGAUUCAAUAUUUUUGAAUCGAAUAACAACUUCUAAUAGUCGUGUUUUAUUAGGAUUAACAUGGUAUGUUGAGGCUGAAAAAUGUGUAGAACCCAUAACAUUUCACAUGGAUAUUGCAGUUCAAAUCCAAGGACGUGAAGCAAAACCACCAUCAAAAUUAACACAAUUGAUAAGUCAAUCAAAAGUGUUAUGGAAAACCAGCGGACUAUUUUCCAUUACACUUAAACCACCAAUGACACGUAAAAUUUCUGAGCUUUGGCGUCUCAAUACGGCCAACAAAUAUGUACGUGGAGAAGAAUUUUUAGGAGAUUGGAAAUCACGUGGUGUUUCAUUAGUUAAUGAUUACAAAAUGAUCAGUGAGACAAUAAGAAGAAAAGAGGCAGUUGAACAUACAAAGCAAGUAAUUGCGUUAUUAGAAGCUCGUAAUAAAUUAACUUCAAAUGAAAAAACGAAUAAAUGUGAUCCUACAGAGCUAACCAAAAAGACCCUAACACUUUGGAGGAAGAAGUGGGGAUUAUCCAAAGAGAUUGUUAUAAAUCAAGAACCACCACUUUCAGGACCAUGCACUGAUAUAGAUUCAUCAAGAUGUUCUAAAUCAGAAAAAUUGGUUGCACAAGUUUGCAUGGUUUCCAAAAUUGACACAAUAACCAAGAAAGGUUGUUUAUCUACUCCGGAAAAUUCAGAUGAUUUUUGGGUGAAACGUUGGUAUGUCUUAAGAAGACCAUACUUAUUUAUUUAUGAAUCACAAAAAGAAACUGAAGAACAAGGUGUAAUAAAUCUUGCAUCUGUUAGAGUUGAUUAUAAAAAAGAUUUAGAAAAUAUGCUUCAAAGACAAAAUAUUGAUCAAUUUUAUCAAAUAUCAUCUUUGGAAUAA